CCCACGUCGACUCUUUUUGGCGGCUACGUCGAGCGUCUUUGAGAGCACAGCUGUCUGCGCUCCCACAGCUGCAUUUCAUGCAAAGUUCUACCUGCCCGUUUCACGAUGAGCUGUGCGGCCCUGCCAAAGGAGAGCACCAUGGCAGAUCCGCCUGUGCUUUCUUCUGAAUGUCGAUGUGGCAGCUUCAGUGGUUGUCGAUCCGCCAGAUCGAGCUGCACUUUUUGACGGAGCGGAAAAGUUCACCAUGCACAUCGCUCCAAAUGCGACACCUUGCACCAUGCUGCCCCAUGAUCGGAGCGCUUGAGCUCCAGUCCAGAAUACAGACUUGUCACUGACUGCAGGACUACUCUGGUCUGCCAUUGAUCCAAAGUCUCGCACUUCAGCGAUCUCGAUUCUCAUACAUGUUCCAUUCCACAUUCUCAUUCCUCGCAUUCUACAAUCAACCGAUUGAGCAACUCCUUCGCAAAUUUCUCCCCACUGCCUGUUCAAUUCAUCCCAUACUUCUUACGCAAGUAACCUGUGACUAAGCUCAAGUCGCAGAAAUGGCCUCUGCUGCUAUGAUGACUAGCUCAGCCCUGUCCUCCGCUGCUUUUAGGAGCAGCACGAUUGCCUCCACCUCUGGGCGCAGCACCUUUGUUGGCAAUGCUCUGCCCGCUCUUCCCGUCAGGAGCUCCAGGAGGGCUGGCGUCAGGAUGAUGGCCAACAAGGCAGACACCCCCCUGCCCGACACCAAGAAGGAUGUUGACCCCAAGAACAACGAGCGCCUCCUGGUGUUCGAGGAGACCCCCGCUGCCGAGUUCUUCCGCCCUGAGGAGGAGAGGCGUCCCGAGACUGGUGACAAGUCUCCUGUUGCCAUCUUCAAGUUCGAUGGACCCCUUCCCGAGCUGGUCAACUGCCGGUUGGCAAUGAUUGGCAUGGCCGCUGCUUUCGGAACUGAGCUGGCCACUGGCAUGAGCGUGUAUGAGCAGGUCACCAAGGGCAACGGUGCAUUCUGGUUCCUGGCUGUAUCCCAGCUGUUUGUGUGGGCUAGUCUGGUCCCCAUUUUCAAGGGCGAGUCCAGCGACGCCCGUAAGUUCGGCCCCUUCACCGCCCGCGCUGAGAGGUGGAACGGCCGUCUCGCCAUGUUGGGCGCUGUCAUUCUCCUGGUCGUGGAGGGCGUGAAGGGCGGGCCUAUCUUGUUCUAAUUACUUACCAGCUGAAACAGUAAUUGAAAAAGGGCGAAAGAACUGUUUGAUGUGAAUAUCAGUGUUGCAUAGCAUAGAUAUGUUACCGCACGCACAGGAACAGUUGUGUAGAACAGCUAGAUAGACAAACAAAUUUUUAACUACUGCUCAUUGUUGCAAUGAAGUGAAGUUGACCGUUCACAUUCUUGCAUUCACCACCACUUAUCUAUCAUUUCCACACCCUUACAAAAUCCUCGCGAC